AUGCCGCUGACCAAUUUGUUCCUUCUCUUCCUUUCAGUUCCGGAGCUGCAGAUCGUCAUGGUGGGCAAAACCGGCAACGGGAAAAGUGCGACCGGAAACACCAUUUUAGGGGUGGACGCCUUCCCGUCCCGGCCGGCCUCGAGUUCCAUCACCGCCAAGUGCAAAAUGGUCACGGAGAUCUUGCCGGACGGGAGGCGCCAGGCUGUCAUCGACAUGCCGGGGGUUUUUGAUACCGAGCACUUGGGGCGGAUGACGUGCGCCGAGAUCAAAUGGUGCGUGAAGGUGUGUGCGCCGGGACCCCAUGCCAUCGUCCAAGUCAUCCGCCUGGCCCAUUUCAGCCGGGAAGAGUUGGAGGUGGCCCGGCUCAUCAAAGACAUCUUCAGCCUAAAAGCCAAGGCGUACAUGAUCGUCUUGUUCACCCACAAAGAAGAGCUGGAGGGACGCUCUCUUCACCACCUGCUGUCCGACGAUGACAACUUGGAGCCUCUGCGGUCGCAAAUUCAGAGUUGCAGGAACCGGUGCCUGGCUUUUAACAACCGGGCGGUAUGGUCGGAACGCCGGGCUCAGGUGGAUGAGCUGAUCCAGAUGGUGGACGAGCUCGUGAGGAAGAACGAGCCGAAGCCGUACUACACCAAAGACAUGUUGGAGGUGGACCUAAAGAGCUGGCCGCAGUGGCCAUGUUCCCUCCUGUGA